UCUGUUUACUGAAACCCUCCCGGCCAGCUGAAGCAGGAGCACGUGCCCGUUAGACGGCGAAGCCGAAGCCGGUGAAAGUGGAUGAAAGUGCUCUGAAAAAGUAGUCGAAGUUGUGUAUUAAGUGGUCAGAGAUAACAGAAGGCUAUGGCUACCGACUCGUGGGCUCUGGCCGUGGAUGAACAAGAAGCCGCCUCCAAGUCGAUUGGAGCCCUGCGGAUUAGAGAAAGACGAGUCAUACCGAGAGCCGAGGCCAAUGGAAUGGCAAAACCUAGCGAGGAUGGUGACAAAUCUGAUGAAGAGGAAAAAGAGGACAGAGCUGCACAGUCACUCCUCAAUAAAUUAAUCAGAAGCAAUCUUGUCAACAACACAAACCAAGUGGAGGUUCUUCAGAGAGAUCCAAAUUCACCUCUGUACUCAGUCAAGACGUUUGAAGAGCUGCGACUGAAACCACCGCUUCUCCAAGGCGUGUAUGGAAUGGGCUUCAACAGACCCUCCAAAAUCCAGGAAAAUGCCCUGCCUAUGAUGCUGGCAGAACCACCCCAGAACCUGAUUGCCCAGUCUCAGUCCGGCACGGGCAAAACUGCUGCCUUUGUGUUGGCCAUGCUGAGCCACGUCGACCCCACAAACAAGUGGACACAGUGUUUGUGCAUUUCUCCAACCUAUGAGCUCGCCCUGCAGACAGGCAAAGUGGUGGAGCAGAUGGGGAAGUUCUACCCUGAAGUGAAACUGGCGUACGCCGUUCGAGGCAAUAAAAUGGAGCGAGGCAGUAAGAUCCAGGAGCAAAUAGUUAUCGGUACUCCUGGCACCGUGCUGGAUUGGUUCCUGAAACUCAAGCUAAUGGACCCCAAGAAGAUUCGAGUGUUUGUGCUGGACGAGGCUGACGUUAUGAUAGCCACACAGGGCCAUCAGGACCAGAGCAUCCGCAUUCAGAGGAUGCUGCCCAAAGACUGCCAAAUGCUGCUCUUCUCUGCUACCUUUGAGGACUCAGUGUGGAAGUUCGCUGAGCGGAUCGUUCCAGAUCCCAACGUAAUCAAACUGAAAAGGGAGGAGGAAACCCUGGACACCAUUAAGCAGUAUUAUGUGCUCUGCAAUAAUAAAGAGGACAAGUUUUCUGCACUCUGUAACAUCUAUGGGGCAAUCACCAUCGCACAGGCUAUGAUCUUCUGCCAUACUCGAAAGAUAGCAGCCUGGCUGGCAGGGCAAAUGUCUAAAGAAGGCCACCAGGUGGCACUGCUGAGUGGUGAAAUGGUGAUCGAGCAAAGAGCGGCUGUCAUUGAACGCUUCAGAGAAGGCAAAGAGAAAGUGCUGAUAACCACUAAUGUGUGUGCAAGAGGCAUCGAUGUGGAGCAGGUUUCUGUGGUGAUCAACUUUGAUCUGCCACUGGAUAAAGAUGGAAACCCAGACAAUGAGACAUACCUCCACAGGAUCGGCAGGACAGGGCGCUUCGGCAAACGAGGACUGGCCAUCAACAUGGUGGACAGUGACCACAGCAUGGAUGUUCUCAAAGCAAUUGAGAAGCAUUUCAAUAAGAAAAUAUUGAAGCUGGAUACAGAUGAUCUUGACGAAAUUGAAAAAAUUGCCAACUGAGGUGAUGACGAGCCCCAAACACACUCCACAACAAUACUGUCAUUUAUAUAGUUACCUCAUCAAGCAUCUUCCAUUUGACCAAGCUUCUUUAGGGCUCUGUUUUAUUUUGGGCUAAAAACAUGUUUACAUUAAAUGCAAUUAGGUUACCUAACCUUUAACAAGAAAUUUUAAACUUGAGCUUACUUUUUGCCAAAUAGACUUGAUUCUUAGCUGAUAGUUGCUAAGUUUGAAUUUUGUGUAUGGGUUACGCACUUUUUUUUCCUGUGUUCUACUGUGAAAAUGAUUAGAUUCCCUUUUGGUUUCUAAUAAUUAUGGUUGAGUGAAGUAUAUAAGCUAUCAUAAGUAGGUAAAUUGUAUAAGAGGAUAGGUAACAGUGUGCCUAAAGUCCUUGAAAAGGACUAAAAAUAUAUAAAUAGAUGUGCUGCAAAAAGCACAUAGACACCAAAAAGCCAAACAAGGCAAUCAUAUCAAAAUGUAGCGGAGAUUUUGCACUUUAGGUGACCACUUUAUCGAGGAACCAAGCAGGCAAGUAAAAUGUUCCAAAAACACUAGCAUUCCUCAAAAGUACUGUGAUCUUACAAAAACACUCCUUAAGUGUAAAGUUAACACUUUACUGUAGGGUACUGUUCAUAACCUACAUAAGCUUGUCAUGACAACUGACAUAAUCCUACAUAAAUGUUUAUAAAUGCUUAUUCCAAUAGGCAUCAUUCGCUAUAUAAAGGAUGCAUUUGCCAAUUUUGAUUAAAGCUAGCUAAAGUACCAUAUAUGACAGAAAUGCCAUUCGGAAUAAGCAUUCAUAAACAUUUACGUAGGGUUAUGACAGGCUUUUGUAGGUGUCAUGUAGCCUCAUGAGCAGUAUCCUACAGUACAGUGUUACCAGCGUACAUAUUGUGGAAACACACAAGAACGUUUAGUACUUGUAACCCACAGUUUUUGGUGGGGUUUCAUCUCACGAUUUCAAGAAGGCUACAGUGAAGAAUUAAAAAGUUAUGUUUAAUUUUUGUUCAGAUGACCAGAAGUUGUUUUGAAUGAAAAGUUGCAUUCUGCGAAGUUUUGUUUCCUGAAACACUAGAGAGUGUGUUCUGUUCUGAGGCUAAAGUCUAGCACUUUUACUGAAUAAAAUAGCUGAUAUACAAACAUACUUGAAUCGUUAGGAAUAACUACAUUUGUUUGAUGGAAAGGAAAGCAACAAUUUUAUUUAGCUGUGUUAGUGAAUAUGCACUUUGGUUUGUUUGAGAAUGCUGUGUUUGGAUAUGAGUGAAUUUAAUGAGUUAAAGAUUAGCUGGAAAAUAUUUAAUAGCAGCACUUGUUUUGUUUUCUGCUCUUCUGCUGCAUUUAUUGUUUUAGAGUUGCUUCUUGAUAUAUGCAAUAAAAAUCCCAACCACAA